AUGAAGCAUUCGGUAGCGAAAUGUGACAAGAAACGAAAGAGGGAAGUAGCAGCCGAAAUAACUAAGUUGGAAGAGGAGAUGAAAAAUCGUCAUGAAAAGGAGCUGGCUGAGCUGCAGUCAUUUUCACCAUCGAAGAAUGUUGAGGAGUCCGCGGAUACAGAGAAUCAAAGUCCAAAUCAAGAUACGAAGCCCCAGCGCGUUUCGAGAGCGCAAAAAAGACGAGAAAAAAAGGCGGAAUUGAAUAGGAAGCUUGAAGAAGCUGCAGAAGCGGACAAAACGAAUGCUAAAAGUACACGAAGAAAAUUAGAAAUGGAUGCAAUAGAACGGAUUCUUUCGGAACGAGGACUUGUGAUGCACGAAAUCCCACCGGACGGUGACUGCCUCUACAGUUCGCUUGCUCAUCAGCUUUCGAUUGUUUCGGAAAUCAAGGCAAGGCAACUUGUUAUUGUGAGAAUUACAAAAUAA